AUGGUGGAGGACGUGGUGCUCGGUGGCGGUCGCCAAGACGGGGGUGGAGGUGGCCGGUAUGCGGGGCGGUGGCGGAGCGCGGUGGGCGGGCGAUGGUGGAAGUGGGCGGUCGGAAGGCUCGGGCGGCGGGCGCCGGGAAGGAGGUGGCUACCGCUACCUCGAGGGCCCCGGCCCCGGUCGCCGGGACGGCCGGCGAGGAGGGUGCCGGCGGUCAAGACCGUGGCCGGGCGACUCGGCUCGCUCGGGGCUCCGCCGCCUUGGUGGGAGGAGCGGCGACGGAGGGAGGAUGCCACGCCAACCGCCGUCCGGACGGCAACUCCGGCAGGGUGCUUCGGGCGGCCGCGGCGAGGCGAGCGGGGUAAUUCCCGUGGGCAGCAUCAGCAACAGAAGCUCAAGGGGAAGAAGCAGGCGGGUGGCGCAUCAGGGGAUGGCCUGCCACCGGCCAAGGACAAAGCCAAGCAUGCGGCCCCGGCGGCGGGCGAGUGCUUCAAGUGUGGGCGUGAGGGGCACUUCCAAUCAGAGUGCACUUUCGACCCUCUCUGCGUCGUGUGCUCUGGGGAGGGGCACACGUCCGCGAACUGUCCGUCAAGGGGUAAAGGGAUGCGGCUGGAGACCAUGGGGCAUGCUAUCACCGGCGGCGGCUUCUACAACAUCGACGUAGAGCCGCUUAAGGGGGGUAAGGGCAGUGGUGAGGUCUUUGCAGCGGUCAUCAAGUUCGCCGCGGCACCGCUCUCUGAAGAGCAACUUUCUGAUGAGCUGAAACACUUGGUCGAUGAGCUGUGGGACUGGCAGGUCCGCAAGAUCUCCGACUCCGAGUUCUCAGUGGUCUUCCCCACCCGUCAGACCCUGAAGCUCAGCACUGGAAGUGGGAAGCUGCACCUCCCCUUGAGCAAGACAGACACGGAGAUCCGGGAGGCCUUCCUGGCUCCGAGGCCGAGCCUCAUCCUCCCCUCCACUUGGGUCCGCCUCACAGGGGUGCCGGAGGAUCUGAUGGUGCGGGAGCGCCUCAUGGCGGCAUUUACCAUGAUCGGCAGGCCUAUCGACGUUGAUGAGCUCUCCAUCAAGAAAAGCGAGCAUGAGCCUAUCCGCAUGCGCUUCCACUGCCGCUAUCCGGAGCGGAUCAAAGGCUCUGUGCAAAUCUUCGUCAAUGGCGAAGGCUACACGGUGGGGGUGCAGGCUGAGGCACCACCGAGGGGGUCGGCCGGGGCGGGGACAGGGGGUCCACCGCCGCCUCCUGCUCGCAAGGAUCGUGAGGAUGACUCCGAUGAGCUGUCCUCUGACAGCGAGUGGAACAAACACCGCCGCUCUCGCCGCGGUGGCAAGGAAAAGGGCAAGGGCGAUGACCCGCCUUCUGCGGCCGGGGGUGCCUCGGGUCCUUCAGGUUCGAAAUCUGUGGGAGCUUCACUGGGAGUGGCUCUCGUUCUGGACCAGUAUGGUUCCAACCUCUCGGCCUCGGCGGAGGUGCUGCCUUCCCUCCCCCUCCUUGACGCCUCCAAGCUGAUGCCCGGGGUCCAGAGCGACCACCUUGGCGCUUUUGAGGAGUCCCUGGAGUCUGGGGAGAUGGAGUCCCACCUCACUGACCCUCUGGCCUCGUGGGUGGAAGACAGUCAGCAGGCGGAGGGGCCUCCGGCCAAGGUGGCUAGGCGCUCGCUGCCUUCCCCGCCGCCGGCCGUGGGUGCGGAGGGUGUGGAGUUGGUGGAGAUGGAGACGGUGGAGGAGUCCGAUGUGGAGGAGCAGGUGGAGGGCGGCGAUCUGCGGGCGGAGGUGGCUGUGGUGACGCCUAUCGCUCAAGGCCCGCGCUCAAAGGCCGUCUACUACAAGCGUGCCCAGGCGACCCCGGCCUCGGCGGUGCGGAAGAGCGCCAGGAACGCCUCCGUGGCUCCUGGUACCUCCGCUCUGGCGAGGGCGCAGCAGCUGAUUGCCGAGAAGAACCUGGAGGGGAAGACGGCGCCCGCGUCGACGAUCGGCAAGGAGAAAGACUUGGAGGGUUCUGGUCAGACCGAGGGACUUACCGCUACUGGACGCGGCACUGGACGAGGUUAGGAGGCUUCAGCGACGGCUUCGCGAUGAUGACGGAGGAUGAUCCGCACCUGUGCCCGCAUCCUGCUCCCCUCCAGCACGUGGAGCUGUAGUGCUUUGUAGCCUUUUUCGUUUCAGUUUGGGCACUUGUGGAUUAGGAGUUGCUAUGUAUAAGGCAUCAGACUAGCUGUUCGGGUGUGAGUUUGUAUCGCUACUGUUGUUGCUUCGUGUGCUUUAUUUAUAAAGCAGGGCCAUGGGCCUUCCCUUUAAAAAAUGAACGAUUUGUGAAGCUACUAUGGAUUGUAAUUGAAAAUUAUGAAGUAUUUGAUGGGAAACAAUGCAGAGUUGUGGAUUGUGGCUUA